UAGAGCAGAGAACAAUGAUUCGGUUCGGGUCGAUUAUUGGACCUUUUUUGAUGGUACUGUUUCAUUUUCCAGCAGCAGCACUAGAGGGGCAAACUUCAUCCUUCUUCACCGUCCAAACAGGCGACAAAAUAACUUUGUCUUGUGAAAAUGUAAUAAAAGAUCAGAAAAACUGUGACAGGAUGACAUGGACGUACAGAAACUUCAUGCAGGAAGGAACCAUCUUUGAAAAUGGGCAGAUUAACAAAGAUGCAACAACUGAUCCCAGCAGACUGAGUUUAACAGCGAACUGCUCUUUGGUUAUAAAGAAGGUCACACUUCAGGACGCUGGGCUUUACACCUGCAGACAAAACCUGCUGGCAAAUCAAGAUUCACAAGAGUCUCUGGUUGAUGUGUCUGUUAUUAGAGUGAGUGAACCGGAGUUUAAUGAUGAUGUUAGCUUGCGCUGCUCUUUACAGGAACAUAACUACUGCACUCACACAGUAGAGUGGGUGUUUGACCAGAAAAUGCCCUCAGGUGUGAAGGUCGUAUCAUAUUCCUGCCGGACCACUGUGACAUUUACAAAGUCUGUCUUCAAUCAGAAGUCAAAUAUUUAUGAGUUACUGAAAUGCAAAGUGACGGCUAAAACCACUGGAGAGGUUCAGCUGUUCAGCUUCAGGCCUCAGUCUGAAGAUGAGAAAGAUGGAGAAAAAGAUACAACAACCACAGCAAAAACAGCAACAAACACAGCAACUUUACUGACCACAAGAAAACCAACAAUCUCUAUAGCAACCACAGCGGAUCUGCCAUCAUUCAGCAGGAAAUGGACGAGCAUCAAAGGCAACGCAACCGACAACAGGAAGUAUUCAAAGCAACAAGAUUUCAUCUAUUUUCUAAGAUGCAUCAUUGUGUCUGUGGGUUUGGCAGCUCUCCUAAUGUUGGUUGUUUCAGUCAACAAGUGGGCAAAAACUAAAGAACGCAGAACACAGCCAACCCAACAAAAAUGAAACAGCGUACCGAACCGCAGCGACCCGAACACUCGGACCUUCCCCAUUCAGCUCCUUCAGACUAGCGGCAGCAGCAUUUAGCAAACACUUGGUGGAACUGUGCAUCUGAGGAGCUCAUCAUACAAACUACUUAUCCAUCCAGGGUCUCUGCUGGUUGUAAAAUGGCACAAAAGAAAGACAUCGCAGUGACAACAUGCUGAAGAGUGUCGGAAAGAGGAACUUCUUAAAGAGACAGAGGACCAAUUUCAAAUUUUGAAGUAAAUUUUAUUGUAUUUUUAUAAAAGCUAAAGGUAACGUAGUUAUAGAUUGUGCAAUAAAAUGGCACUAUGUGCCUGGAAAAUAAAUAAUACUUCUCCUUUUA